AUGUUUCCUAAUCAUACGAAAUAUAUUCGUCGACCGAUGUAUGCUUCAGUUGAAAUAACUAAGUCGAAUAUUGAAUGUAAACGUCAAGAUCUUCAACCAAAGAUUAUUCCAAUCCCACUAGUUGAACAAACAUGUACCGAUGUUGCCGAUAUUCUUCCAAAAGAUAAGAAACUAAAAUCAAAUCAAAAGACAAUCGUAUAUAUUAAACGAACUGCACUGCCGCUUGUAUCUACAUAUUGUAUUACAACACAUAAGAGCCAAGGUCAAAUUGCAGCAAUAUACGUACCACUACCACCCGCAAAGCGUUUGGUUGAUCCGAUUAUAUUACCAUCAUUCGACUACAACAUUUUACUUAUGAAACGAAAUAAAUCUCAAGUUGCUGAAACAGAAAUACUUGAUCACGUUUUCCAGAGCGGUUUCAAUAGAUCGUAUAUAUGA